GUUUCACUGCGCAUGCGUAUACUGAAAUAAAGGCACCGGGUGUUUUUUAAGGCCUAAACUAAUCUUUUACUCAUUAGUGCUGUUCUACACGACUGCAGACAUGAGGGUCCAGAAUGACCGUCAUCAGCACAAUGAAGAUGGAUGGAGACUAUAAAGCAAUAUCAUCGGAUCUCUAACAUGGUUUAUGGAUUGGUAAAAUGAGUAGAGUGAAUUGACUCAAUCAAACAAUUUUCACAAUGGCUCUCACCAACAACACCAUCACAUCAUGGAAAUUGCAGGAGAUCGUGGCUCACUCCAGUAAUGUGUCUUCAUUGGUGUUGGGGAAAUCGUCCGGACGUUUGCUGGCCACUGGUGGCGAGGACUGCAGAGUCAAUAUCUGGGCUGUCAGCAAACCUAACUGCAUUAUGAGUUUGACAGGCCACACAAGCCCUGUGGAGUGUAUCCAGUUCAACAGCUCUGAGGAACGAGUGGUGGCCGGGUCCCAGUCCGGGUCUCUGCGGCUUUGGGACUUGGAGGCAGCUAAAAUUUUGCGCGUUCUGAUGGGACACAAGGCCAGUAUCUGCAGUCUGGAUUUUCAUCCCAUGGGAGAAUACCUGGCAUCCGGCUCUGUGGAUAGUAAUAUUAAGCUGUGGGAUGUGAGAAGGAAAGGUUGUGUGUUUAGAUAUAAGGGUCACACUCAGGCUGUGCGCUGUCUAGCUUUCAGCCCUGAUGGGAAAUGGCUUGCUUCAUCCAGUGAUGACAGCACAGUAAAGCUGUGGGAUCUCAUAGCAGGCAAGAUGAUCACUGAAUUCACAUCACACACAUCAGCAGUCAAAGUUGUGCAAUUCCACCCCAAUGAGUACCUGCUCGCAUCUGGGAGUGCAGAUCGGACUGUUAAGCUUUGGGACCUGGAAAAAUUCAACAAGAUUGGCUCGUCAGAGGGGGAGACAGGAGUUGUGAGAAGUAUAUUAUUUAAUCCUGAUGGUAGCUGCUUGUACAGUGGCUCUGAGAACACACUACGAGUAUAUGGUUGGGAACCUGACCGCUGCUUUGAUGUGGUUCAUGUAGGCUGGGGCAAAUUGGCUGACCUGGCCAUCAGCAACAACCAAAUGAUUGCAGUGUCCUACAGUCAAACUAAUGUGAGCUGGUAUGUUGUGGAUCUCAACCGAGUGAAGAAGUCUGGAUCUGUGAUCCAAGGGCUGAUUCAGGAUAAACCGAUCCCAACUCCCACAUCUGCACAAGGAACAACGCUACGCAGAAAUUAUGAGCGACCCACCACAUCCUGCACCGGACAGGAGAUGAAGCAGAGUUCAGAAGCUGAUCGCCGGAGUCCAGAAGGGGAAAGGAGGAGUCCCAGCAGUGAGGAUGAGAAAGAAGACAAAGAGAGCAGUGCAGAAAUCACCAACCCAGAAGAUUAUAAAGAGAUCUUUCAGCCCCAUGCCGUCAUCUCACGAACACCACCUAAAAACACUGAACCUUUCCCCGCACCCCUAGAGCACUCUUUCUCGGAGAGUGUAUUGGAGAAGCCUGGCCCGGCAGUCAAGAUUGUAACCCCUGUAAUGGACAGAGCUGGACAGUUGAAAGCUCCCAUUACCUCCUCUACUCCAGUUCAAAGAGUGGAACCAACUGUGAUCGCUGCUGCUCCCCGCCCUGUCUCCGUGGUAAACACAGCUGUGGCCUCCCCCUCUCGUCCUGUGGUUACUACCACCAAACCUAAACCCACUACAGGAAUUAUCCUCUCAACGCGCAAUGAGCCCAUUGGACUCAAUGUAGGGGACUUCCUUUCACAUGUGCGAAACAGUAAAGCCAGUGUGAUGGGAGAUGAAGAGGCAUUGGCACAGAUCAGGAAAGGGCAUGACACCAUGUGCGUUAUGCUGACCAGUCGGUAUAAAAACCUGGACACCAUACGCUCAGUCUGGGCCAGUGGUGAUGUCAAGACUUCCCUGGAUUCAGCUGUUUCUAUGAAUGAUCUUUCUAUCGUGGUGGAUAUCCUUAACAUAAUCAACCUCAAACCAUCACUAUGGAAGUUGGACCUCUGCACUUCUAUACUGCCACAGAUUGAGGAACUCUUGCAGAGCAAGUAUGAAAGUUAUGUGCAGACUGGUUGCAUGUCUUUGAAGUUGAUCCUGAAGCGUUUUUGGCCAUUAAUCUCUGACACGCUGACUGCUCCUCCAUCUGUAGGGGUGGACAUUACUCGAGAGGAGAGACAUCAGAAAUGUAAAGCUUGCUAUAAGCAGCUGAAGAACCUCAGUAAUGUUGUGAAGAACCGGGCGGAGCUGGUUGGUCGUCAUGGCAGUACUUUUAAAGAGCUACAACUACUUAUGGCCCCACUGGACUACUGACACACACUCAGACAAUUGCACACAUUCCUGCUUAAUCUCCAAACCCAAAGCUCAGUCAGGAAGAGUCCAUAAGGGAAAAGUACAGAGCUCCAAGACUGAACUUAAGCGGACAAUUCACAUAGCACUUGCAUAUAUGUGCACUCAGACAAGCACACUUUGGAGUGAAGUAUUUAUGUAGGAUUUUUGGCUUGUUUUCAGAGACUGGAAUUUAAUUUCUUUGUCUAGAGUGUAUUUUUUUUUUUUUAAAUGCACACAAUGUUUUCAUAAAUGCUGUAAACAAAGCUUUUCAUAUAAAAUAAAUUCUCAAAAGAAAUAUUCAUAAUUUGCAGUCUUUAAUUGACAUUGCAGAUUUUAUUUGUACAACUUUGAUACAAUGACCAAAAUCUUUUUGUACACUUUGUAUUCAUAUUCCAUUUCUCAAUUUACCCUGAAUGUGCAUCACCUCCAAUCAGGGCCGUUUUCAAGAGGGGAAAAAUGAGUAUUGCAAAAAUUGGAAAGUGUCCACGGCCCGUGUCAUUUAUAAGUAGCACGAAGACACCUUAGGGUAUGCGUUAAACAGCUAAAUAAAUCCAAACUAGCAUUAAAUAAGCAAUACAAUAAUUAAAACAACUGUGUGUUGAAGUAUAUGUUUGUAAGAAUACAUGAUGGAAGUGUAUUGAAUAAUUUGAAGAUGUCAGAGACUCAAAUGUCCAGACAAUUAACUGGAUCCAAAAAUCCUUUAUGAACGGUAGUUCACUUUUUAUUUAUUUGUAUCUUAUUUUUUUUUUUAAACUGAUUGCUGACUGACCAAACAAAAUGUGUUUUGAGCAGAGGUGAUAUCAAGUGUGUUGACCCAAUGCAAGGAUGUUGUUUACUUUCAUUCCAAUAUGUAAUUAUAUAUAAUAUUAUUAUACACUCAUUCAGUUGUUUCAAGGAAUAUUCCAGGUUCAAUACAAGUUAAGCUCAAUCAACACCAUUUGUGCCAUAAUAUUGAUUGCAUCAAUUUUAUUAAGACUUGCCCCUCCUUUUCAAAAAAAAAAAAAGUGAUGCACUUACAAUGAAAGUGAAUGGAGCCAAUCCAUAAACAUUAAAAUACUCACUAAUACUAUUUCCAAAGUAUAGCCACAAGACCUAAAAAAUAGGAUUUUAAUGUGAUAAAAUGGUUACUGACCUGUUCUAUGUAGUUAGCCAGUUUUACAACUUCACUGACAUGAUGCCAUGUCAACAAACCCUUAAAAAUAACCUAAAAAUAACCAUUUAAACCACUUUACAUGUCAAAUAAUACACUGUUUUUAACAGAAGAAAUAAUGUAAAUGCUUUGAUAAAAUUAUAAGCUUAACAUGUCUCCCUUGAAACCCUCCAACAAUUGGUCCCAUUUACUUCCAUUGUCACACUGUAACCCUUAUUUUUGCUUUUUUAAAAGAAAAGGAUGUACUAAUCAAAAUAAAAUUUUGUGGUAAUCAACAUUGUCACAAAUCCUGUCGUUUCAGCUUAACUUGUAUUGAACCCAGAAAAUUCCUUUAAGAACAAACUUUUGAGGUUGCAUUUGUGUUUAGGCUGCAUACAAUAGUGACAUUGGUGGUGUUUAUAAGUAGCAAAAAUUGUCUCACUUGCCUAAAGAUGUAAUAAAAUGGCAAGAGUGUGUCAGCAUGGGAGGCAUGUUACACUUGUCUUGUCAGAAGUUACACCAUUUCUGACAGCCUGCCAAAUCAUUUUAUGGCAAGUUUAAAUAAAAAAUGGUGCUGAUACGAAAUUAAUUUGGUGUUACAUUCAUCUAAUAUAACCUUAAUGGUUUGUGAUGAUUGUCUUAUGUAGUUGACCUUUGCUUGGUCAGCAGAAGAAAUAUAAGGUGGAGAAGUAAUACAAUUUUGGACUUCAUAAUAAUAAAAAUACAAGGACAAUAUUUUUAGUGCAGAUAGUCAUUCAUGUAAUUUCUUUUUAACUAGUACACCUUUUAAGGUCAAUACACAAGCUUCAUAAUACAGACAGGGCUAGAAAAAUAUACCACAACAUUCCUCUUUAAGCAUAACAAUAUCCAUCUGCAUUUAACAAUUUUAUAUAUAUAUAUAUAUAUAUAUAUAUAUAUAUAUAUAUAUAUAUAUAUAUCUGUCCAAUGUUUAAGAUUUAAGCAUCGCUAUAUGUUCUACUUUCUGGAGAGAAUAGAUUUGAAUUUCACUAUGUACAAGGUGUAAUGUUUGCUUACGAUAUCACACGUCUACAUACAAUACAAUAAAGCAUCUUGCGGUCAUAUACAGUUCCAGCAUUAUGGAUAAACUGACUCUCAAAGAGAACUGUAGAACACUUAAAUGGCAUCACUUUGGCACUUUUAUGGCAAUUAAUUUCUAUAGAGAGGAAUUAUUAUAUAAACAAUGACAUGAUUCUUGUAUCAUCCCAUUUGUAUUGACACCAGUCUCUACAUUCAACCAAUCAAGCAUCUUGCUGUUUACUGCAGUGCAUUAAAAUAAUGUGCGGGGAGGCCAUUUACAUGAAGGGUGAUAACGGAUGUGGGUUUCCCCUUCAAAGGUCUCUUCCAUCUACUUGCAUUCAGUAAACCUUUUUUGAAAAGCAGCACAAACUAAGGGUCAUCAAUCUAAAAAAACAUUUAGUGUUAUAACAACUAUUGAUCCUCCAUUUCAUAUCCUGUUUUUUAUAUGUAUUAUUAUUAUUAUUUUAAGAAAGAAAAUAAGACAGAAAAUAGUAUUAAGUAUAUGAAACACAUUUUAGGUCCAGUUUCAUCCAAAAAUGUAUGGGGAUUUAUUUUGACUGUUAUUUUUGCCUUUAUUAUUAUUCAUAUUCAAAUGUUCCUUCUUUCCUGUACCUUAGCUUUUAAGCUGUAGUUCAUAAAUGAUUUCCUGACAUUUAUUUUCUUUUUGUUUUUAUUGCAACAUUUGCUAAAGCAAAUAUUGAGAGAUGAAAAGCUGGAAAAUGUACAGCACUGUAAUACCAUUACUCGUACAUAAUGCAGAGUAAGUAUGGGUACAGUAAGAAACAUUACUAGAAAUAGAUGGAAUAUGUCUACCUUCUCCAAAACAAUUUACCUCAUGCACCUGUUCUGAUGCAUCCACAUGCUAUUGCAUGCAUUUAAAGAUAUCCAACCUUUGCUGCAUUAGAGUCAUCUCCUUGUUAACAUCUACUUAUUAAUGUUUCAUGUUACUUUAGAUGUUGCUCAGGACCACUGCAGGUGACAAAUAAGGAAACAUUACAUAACUAAUUUAUAACCUUUUUGUCUAUUCAAGCAAUAUAUUUUCACAGACAUGGGCCUAAAAUAUUACACUAUUAUGUAUUUAGAUUGAUUAUUUGGUUACUUGACGAUACAUGUGUGAUAUCUUUUAUAGGCUAAUGACUGUACAGAGGAGAGGCAGUAAUAAAUAACAUCAAGCUUUCCAAGUGUCCAGAUUUUGCUGAACGCUUCAUAAAAAUAUACAUAAAAUUCUGUAGCCUCAUAAAUUUCAAGUAAACGUAUUAGCAAAUAUUCAUAGAACUUAUAUGCUAAUAUUCUUUACAUUAUUUUUAAAAAGAAUACCAAAAAGACAAUCAAAAAUUAAACCUAAGAAAGGUGCUUGUAUGAAAGCUGGGGAUAGUUUUGAUUUAUGGAAGAUUAAUUGUUCAGUUUUAGAAUUGCAACCUAAUGCUCUACGUCCCCUAAUAUGAUAGAUGCAUUUCAUAUCUAUAUAUCACAUUUCCAGCAUAUACAGUACUAACACUCCUGACUACAGUAACAGUCAAAUUCACUGGCUUUGUUUAUUUAAAGGAAUAGUUCACCCAAAAAUGAAAAUUCUGUCAUAAUUUACUCACCCUCAUGUCAUUCCAAACACGUACUUCCAGAGAAGUUCUUUUCGUUAUUAGUUCAGGGGUAAAAAGAAAUUCUAAACAGUCAAGCAAUGGUAUACUGUUUCCGAGCAUUCAGACACCUGCUGCAGCACUUUGGAAGGUGUUUAGAAGUACAUUAAAAUUUGAGGACACUAUAUGUAAAACCUUAACCAAUGUGUUAAAAUAAAAUGUGUUAUCAAUUACUUUAUGCCUCAUUCUAGGAGUAGACUUCACAUGAGUUACACGUCAUUAAAAAAAAAAAAGCCAUUUUAAUCACUCAAUGAUGAUUUUGAAGUAAUAUACACGAUUGCCACCAAAACAGCGCCAACCCGCAUCUCAGAAUAGCAUUCAGAGAUACUAUUCUUCUCAACACAAUUGUACAGAGCAGUUAU